AUGUCAUUAUCCAGUUCCCAGUUAGAGAUUUACCCGAUCCUCGUUCCCAUUAUCCGAUCCUCGUUCCCAGUUAGAGGUUUACCCGAUCCUCGUUCCCAGUUAGAGGUUUAUCCAAUCCUCUUAGAGGUUACCCGAUCCUCGUUAACUGUUAGAGGUUUACCUGAUCCUCGUUCCCAGUUAUCCGAUCCUCGUUCCCAGUUAGAGGUUUACCCGAUCCUCGUUCCCAGUACCUUUGCGAUUUUCCCUCUUUCAAUUCAUCAGUUUCUAUGGUACAAUCCCCCUGAAAUUGGUCGUUUGCACAGGUUACGAACACUUUGGUUGUUUAACAACUUUGUUCAAGGGGAAAAUCCAUCAAAUAUAUAUAGUUGUUAUAGUCUUAUUGACAUAAAUCUAGUACAUAACAACUUGUUAGGAGAAAUUCCACCCUCAGUUGGUUCUUUGUCACAAUUGCAACUUCUUUCUUUGUCGCAUAACAACUUGAUAGGAAACAUUCCUGCAUCACCUGGAAAUUUAUCAUCCCUCUCUAAAUUCACCAUCAGCAUCCCACCUUCAAUUUUUAACCUCUCGUUACUGACAACAUUAUCUUUAGCACAGAAUCACUUAGAAGGAAAACUUCCUGAAGAUUUAGGCAAUACUUUGCCACGUCUUCAGUGGUUAGCUUUAGGCAUGAAUCAUUUCGCUGGACAUAUUCCGUCUUCAAUAACCAAUGCCUCACAUCUAAAGAUUCUGCAGUUAAAUGAGAACAAGCCGCAAUGA